GACGUGGCGGCGUCAGCCGGCGGAGAAGCUGGAGCGGCGGCGGCGGCGGCGGCGGGAGGUUGGGGCUGGAGUUGAGGAGUUGGCCGUAGCUGCGCGGCCGACUGGGCGGCAGGGGGCGGCGGCCCAGGGCCGGAGCCCGGAGGCGGGAGCGCUCGCCAUGGCCGAGAGCAUCAUAAUUCGUGUCCAGUCCCCAGAUGGGGUCAAGCGGAUCACAGCAACAAAGAGAGAAACUGCUGCAACAUUUCUGAAAAAGGUUGCAAAGGAAUUUGGUUUCCAAAAUAACGGCUUCUCAGUUUACAUCAAUAGAAACAGAACUGGAGAGAUAACAGCAUCAUCCAACAAAUCCCUCAGCCUGCUCAAGAUCAAGCAUGGCGAUUUGUUGUUCCUGUUUCCCUCGAGCCUUGCCGGGCCCUCAUCAGAAAUGGAGACAUCAGCCACUCUGGGGCUAAAGGCCAUGGGAACGCCCAGCGUGGUGGAAGAUGAGAUCGACCAGUACCUCAGCAGGCAGGAUGGGAAGAUUUAUAGGAGCCGGGACCCCCAGCUAUGCCGACAUGGCCCUCUGGGGAAGUGUGUGCACUGCGUUCCUCUUGAGCCAUUCGAUGAGGACUACCUAAACCAUCUCGAGCCACCCGUGAAGCACAUGUCUUUCCAUGCCUACAUCCGUAAGCUGACCGGAGGAGCUGACAAGGGGAAAUUUGUUGCACUGGAGAACAUCAGCUGCAAGAUAAAAUCAGGGUGUGAGGGACACCUUCCGUGGCCUAACGGCAUCUGUACCAAGUGCCAGCCAAGUGCCAUCACGCUGAACAGACAGAAAUACAGACAUGUGGACAAUAUCAUGUUUGAGAAUCACACAGUUGCUGAUCGCUUCCUUGACUUCUGGAGGAAGACGGGGAACCAGCAUUUUGGGUACUUAUAUGGACGGUACACGGAGCAUAAAGACAUUCCUCUCGGCAUUAGGGCUGAAGUUGCUGCAAUCUAUGAACCACCUCAGAUUGGUACACAGAAUAGCUUGGAGCUUCUGGAAGACCCAAAAGCUGAGGUGGUUGAUGAGAUUGCUGCCAAACUUGGUCUGAGGAAGGUUGGCUGGAUAUUUACUGACCUCGUAUCUGAAGAUACCCGAAAGGGUACAGUCCGAUACAGUCGAAAUAAGGACACCUAUUUCCUGAGUUCAGAAGAAUGUAUCACUGCAGGAGACUUCCAAAAUAAGCAUCCCAACAUAUGUCGCCUCUCUCCAGACGGACAUUUUGGAUCCAAGUUUGUUACUGCAGUGGCUACAGGUGGCCCUGACAACCAGGUCCACUUCGAAGGAUACCAGGUGUCCAACCAGUGCAUGGCACUGGUCCGGGACGAGUGCCUGCUGCCUUGCAAGGAUGCUCCGGAGCUUGGCUAUGCCAAGGAGUCCAGCAGCGAGCAGUAUGUGCCUGAUGUGUUUUAUAAGGACAUAGACAAGUUUGGCAAUGAGAUCACCCAGCUGGCCCGCCCCCUGCCUGUGGAGUAUCUAAUCAUAGAUAUCACGACAACUUUCCCCAAGGACCCUGUGUAUACCUUUUCUAUUUCACAAAAUCCAUUUCCUAUUGAAAACCGGGAUGUGCUGGGUGAGACACAGGACUUCCAUAGUUUGGCCACAUACUUGUCCCAGAAUACCUCAUCUGUGUUCUUGGAUACCAUCUCAGACUUCCACCUCCUGCUGUUCUUGGUCACCAAUGAAGUCAUGCCUCUGCAGGACAGCAUCAGCUUGCUGCUGGAAGCCGUGCGGACCAGGAACGAGGAACUGGCGCAGACUUGGAAGAAAUCUGAGCAGUGGGCCACCAUUGAGCAGCUCUGCAGCACGGUUGGUGUGCAGCUUCCAGGCCUCCAAGAGUACGGAGCUGUGGGAGGCUCCACGCACAACACUACUGCUGCCAUGUGGGCCUGCCAGCACUGCACCUUCAUGAACCAGCCUGGCACUGGCCACUGCGAGAUGUGCAGCCUCCCCAGGACCUAAGCUCUGGCCCUGAGGCCAGGAUCCUCGCCCAUGCACCCUCGAGGGCAGCCCUGGAGUCUCUGAUGACCUGAAGCUUCUCAGCACCAAACUUCCUGGAGGGAGGGCGCUGGCUGCUCUGCUGAACCAGCCUCUGGAGGCGUGAGGCGACCUGGCUGACAACAGCCCAAAUAGGCAGGCAGGCGCCCACACUGAGCCUCUGCGCUAGCACCCACAGCCGAGGGGUGGUAGGGCUUGCUGCCACUGUCUAGCUUUCUGUUUCCUUCAGAUGCUUUUUGUUCUUGCCUCUCCCGUGGUUUUUGUUGGGAGCUCUUGGCCUCUGUCGCCUGUUGCCCCAGGGCAGAGGUGCUGGCAGUGAGGGCUGCUCUGCUAUGGUCUGGCGCUGAUCGAGUGGCUGGUCUCUGGGCCUCCUGACUGCCUGGGUUGCAGGUUUGUUUGCUCUUAACUCCAUCCAGGUGGAAUUUUAAAGUUUGCAUUGGUUGUAAUAACAGUUACCAGUAAUUCCUGCACAGAAGACUUUUAUUUAUUUUUUUAAGAUAAAAACUGCAUAAAAGGGGAGUGAGAUACCAGAUUCUACUUCCCUGCUUUAAUGAGUCCCUGUGGGUUUGUGCAGGCUGAGUGGCGUGGUGGGGACCCACAGUUCUUGGAAGUAAACCUCAGUGCCUGAGACUUUCCUGUCAAGCUGCAUGGUUGCAUCUGCCGCAGAGAUGGGGGUGCAAGCAGGUGGCCCCUGAUGGCCAGUGCCGCCCCCAGGCUUGCAUGGGAUGAUGGGGUGGCCAGCACUCGAAGCUAGGAUCCACUGCCUGGGCCUGCUGUGGGGGCGCUUGGGAAGCUUAGACUGCAGGGCUGUGCCAGGACAGAGGCCAAGGCAGGGCCCUACAUGUGCUGCAGAUUCCCAAGUCUCCUCUGAUGGGCUAUAGCUUGGCCCUUCCCUGGGAGGUGUGGGCCCUAUGAAGCCUUUUUGCCUUAACAGGAGCCACCUUUCCAAGCUGCACGCACCCUGGGACAGGCGGGCCACAAUGUGUGUGGGGACCAUAUGCCUAUCAUGGGGGAGGGAGGGAUAGGUCUUUGUGGCCCUUGCUUACAAUAACACUGGACAGAGUGCUUGCACGAUGGGCCAUGCAGUGAAGCCAUGCCUGGCAUUCCCAGUCUACUAUGGGACGCCACCUGAAAAGCAGUCUGGUUUGUUCUCUCCCGGCCAGGGCCAAGGGGCAAAAGCAGCACCAAAUGCUGUCUGUAGAAAGACCCAGAGGUUAAGGACUGUCUGAGCCUGUCCCUCCCUGCUCUGUUGGUUGUGCUGGCUAAAGUUCUAGCCUUUGCAACAACUGCUUCCUGUGACAGGCUGGGGCUGAGCAUGGUCUUGAACCUGUGCUCAGCCUUGUCUCCCAGCACUGGGGACGGGGACCCCCCACCACACGCGCACACAGGCGUGUGCACACACACACACACACACACCCUCUUCAUUUGCUCUUUAUCCAACAAACUGGUUUCCUUUUCUCUUUAAUCAAUGUUUUCAUGCUCUGGCAUCCACAUAAUCCAUUUCCUGUUGUCUUUUUGCUCAAGAAAAAGUGUUGUGAUUUCUCUG